UUUAAGAACACUUUGGGAUUUCCUGUGUACAGUGACAGCAGCAACUCAGGGCCUAGGGCAAAAGAGAGGCGGGUUUCCCCCACUCACAUUUCACCUGAAUAGGGAAUUUCCAUCUUGGACAAAUCGAUUGCAGGAUUUGCAACUAUGCAGAUAUAUAAGGUUCAUGAUAGUAUGCGGGUGUUUUGUAUGAUCUCUCUUGGGAGCUGGAAAAGGAUUGUCCACUGCUGCAUUUUAUUCAAUAUCUGGUGCUUUUAGGACUCCUUUAAUCAUCUGGAACAUGGCAGAAGCAAUAUUAAUUGACCUCUUCAGCCUACCAGUGAACUCACAAAAUAACAGCAUUCAGAAGUUAUUAUGUAGCACACUGAAAACAAUUGAAAAGCACUACUCAGUCAGCGCUCCAUUUGUAUACAUAAUGUGCUACGAAACUCCGAGAAGCGAAAGGAGUAGUGAAGAAGAUUCAUUACUUAAAGUCAUCAGUGGUUUUCAGAUUCUGAAGAAGGGAAUUGAGGUUGUGUGCAUGACAAGUACAGCUGCUGCCUUGUACACCAUUAAACAAAAACUAGAUGAGAAGGAUUUAAGCAUCAUUAAAAUCAUUUUACCUCCACAAAGGAAAGCCUUGAUGGACGUGUAUAUAGACCAACUAUUCACUGCUGUUUACCAGUUUGAGUUUGGGGAUUUAUGGCUGGUUUGUGAAGGAAACAACUUCCAAGAACUAGCUGAACUUCAGUGUGACAUUCAAACACUUCCUGCCCAGGAGGUGAAACUCAUCAGGAGCGAGAUUCAGAUCUACUUGGAAAGUCUGCCAGGCCUGAAAGGGGAGCUUAACAUUCUAAAAUCUUCCUUGAUCCCAGGUAACAUCUUCCUUCAUGGAUUCACCACGAGAACAGGGGGAAUCUCUUAUAUUCCAACUCUAAGCUCCUUCAAUCUCUUCAGCAGUUCCAAACGGAGAGAUCCAAAGGCUGUGGUUCAAGAAAACCUACGCAGGUUAGCUAAUGCUGCUGGUUUUGACCCGGAGACAUUUCACAGUGUGAAGGUCAAUCAUGCCAGUGAUGUUUGGAUUAUGGGAAAGCCCCCACCUCACAGCUUUGAUGGAAUAGUAACGAACCAGAAAGAUGUUACGAUAGCAGCUCCCGGUGCUGACUGCAUACCCGUGCUUUUUGCUGAUCCCGUCAAAAAAGCAUGCGGAGCUGCUCAUUCUGGAUGGCAAGGUACUUUAUUAGGCGUUAGUAUGGCUACAGUAAAUGCUAUGAUAACAGAAUAUGGCUGUAAUGUUAAGGAUAUACUUGUGGUGCUGGGCCCUUCUGUUGGACCAUGCUGCUUUACACUUCCUCAGGAAUCAGCAAAGGAAUUUUACAGCCUUGAUCCAAAAUGUGUCAGACAGUUUGAAUCUCCAACUCCCUAUAUUGACAUUAGAAGGGCAACACGAAUUCUUCUUGAGACUGGAGGGAUUCUACCUUGGAACAUACAAGAUGAUUCUGUCCCUUUCUGCACAGCAUGUCACCCUGAUAAAUUUUACUCUCACGUUCGUGAUGGCACUAACUUUGGCACACAGAUUGGCUUCAUAUCAAUCAGAAACUGAGGCAGUGACUCUUAUCCAUGGGUAAUAACCAUUCAGUAACUGGUUAGCAUUGCCUGACAUCUUACUCUCCUGACAGUAGGCCUCAACCCUUUCCUUCACCUGCUAAGAGCUGAGGAAGAAGUAGACUUAUCAUAAGGGAAGUUGUUGGGAAGCCUUGUUCCCCUAUGCGAGGUGAGACUAGCAGCAGAAUUUAAAGAGCCAGAAGAAAGGCUGCAUAGGAAAGGUCUCAUAGGAAGCAAAGAUUUAUGGGAACAAGGCCACCUUUGCACAACAGCCCCAAAUCUUUCUGAAUUAUAAUAGCAACAUGGCUCCAUCAUCUGAUUGCUGCUUUCUACCUCCCUUAUUCCCAGACCUCUAUAGUUUAAAAAAGCCCUGAAAAGAGUAAUUGCUUCUCUCAGAGCAACAGUAACUUCCGGUGUAAGCUGCAUCAUCGAUUAUACUUCCCUGAAUGCAGAGCUGCUCUUUUUCUUCACUCCUCUCCCUCCUGGGCCACGUUCCUAGCAGCUUCAUGAAGCUGAGCUUCUGCAGUAAAGCCCCUGGGGGUCUACACAAUGGAGAAGUAUUUUCAAAGCCUUCUUACGUCUCUAUGGCCAUGUCUACACUACAUGGAAGAUUGACGCUCAGGUUCGAUAUAGCAGGUCAAAUGAAGACCCACUAAAUUGAACUCAGAGGACACCCCUUCAGUGCCGGUACUCCUGCUCCUCAUGAAGAUUAAGUGAAGCCAAUGGGAACAUUUUUUCUUGUCUGCCUCCUGCUGUGUGUAUAGUGCAGAAACUCAAUUUAAGAUAUGUCAACUCCAGCUACCAGGCCUAUAUGCCCAUUCCUCCACCUUUUCUGAUCACACUGAUAUCUCAUUGCACUACGCAGCCGAGGGCAUCAUAUGCCACUUAGUAAUCAAGCAGUUGUCAGGCACCAAGAAGUCAAUAAAAAGCAGUUUAGGCUUUAGCUGUGGGCAUGCCUUUUUAAGAGACAAGAAAUCAGAGAAUAGUGACAUAUUGGAGAGGGGAUGUUUCUUUUCUAUUUUGUAUAUUUCUUGACUCUCUGCUCCUCCUUCCUAUAUGCUGGGUGGACUGAAAAGUUUGUGGCAAAGGGAUCAUUAGAAAUAUGUAAGCAACGUUUCAUGACUUGGUCUCUGUUUAUAUUUUCCCAGUGGAAUUUAAUUUAAGAUUAUUAAAGUUCCUAAGACAGCUUCACUGGAAACUAAGUCCUUUCUUCAUGAACAAGGUCAGUUUCAGGCCUGAAAAAUCAGUGGAUUUUUUUUUCAGAUUUAUAUAAUUCUGAGUAAGCUUCGUGGCUCCUUUCAGCAGUUCAAUCUCACAUAUCUCAUACAGCCUUGUCAACAGGAAUGUUGAGCGCCGACACAUUCAUCUAAAAGUUUCCUUCACUCCCUUUCCCCAGUUAGGCCUUUAUUACAGUUCAAGUGAAGGUCCUGGCUGGAAAAGGUCAAGUGAGAAUUCUUACAAUAAGAUAAUGCAGCCUGACCUGGAUGGGUUUUAUUAGAUUAAACCACCAACUGCUGUCAGCAGCAGGCCCUGAGAUAGAUAAAAUCUGCAGCCACAGCUCCAGUUGAUAUAGAACAUAGCAUUGUUGUCCAUGGGCAUGUGGAUCAAGCAGAUUUAAAAAAAGUACACAAACUUUCUUUUAUUCCCACACAGCUUGUUUUCAAUUGCUAAUGUUUUCUUAGCAGCUUGAGCUUACUCUAGAUGUUAUCUUCUCUGCUUGAUCUAAACCCAAGAACCUAGCAACAUCAAAAAGAAACAAGAUUUAAACCCAUUAUCAAUUUUGCUAGUAAAAUCUAACUGUGGACCCUUCUUAUGCUCCCACUGAAAAUGUGCCUCUGAACCUGAUGGUGCACAACAGACAUCGUUAAUCAUUUUAUAUGAAUGACAAGAGCUUCCCAGUACUAUAGUCAUUUAUCUGCUUGGUCUAUUACUAGGAUGACUGUGACCUUGGGGGAAAUCUUUGGAAAAUAUUUUUUCAUUUUUCAACCAACUGUCCCUUGCACAGUCCAAAGUAAGUUUUGCCAACUAAGGGGUCAAGGCUCACUCACUCAGCCUUGUUAUUUUUUUAGCCAGGAUAACACGUCACUGGAAUAGAUCUGUGUUGCUGCAGUUUGGUGUUCCAAAGCUACUUUUAAAAGACACUGUAAAAUGGACACUUAUAAAUUUGCCAGUCAGUCUUCAGCCAAAUUAUUCUGGCAUCCAUGCUUGAAAAGGAAUCUGUUCUUCCUAUGGGUCUGCUAUUUAGGGUCCUAUCAAUUUAGGGACUUAGUUUGUCCACUUGGAGAACAGAUUUUUUUUAAUCUAUGUUUUAUUUGUAAAUGGACUUCAUGGACAAGCUCAAUAUCUGAUGACACUCCUUUUUAGCUAUGAUCUACUAGUGGUUUUAUUUUGUAUGUGUUUCACUCUCCUUCCUGCUUCCAUUUGGACAACCAUUUUCCAUUGUACUUCAGUCUUUCUGGACGAAGUUCUUUCACUUUCAGUUUUCUUAUCUUUGUCUACUUUAUUUCCCUUAAGAUACUUCUUCUCUCUCAGCUUCUGUCUAUAGAUUUAAUGCUGUCGCAUUCACGGUUGGGAUGGUAUUGGAGGUUUGAACUCAUUCUGCAUUUCUACCAGGUCACUCAUGCCUGACCUUCAUUAAAAGACUUAUUUUGUCUGUUAGAAAAAUUACCAUUUAUAGAUAAGAAAAAUUAUCCAACUCACAGAACAAGUGUAAAAUGAACAGAUACACUGAAAACUUGCUCACACUGAGCCUCAAAAGCCAUUGUUACCUUUGUUGUUCAUUAUUUCUAUUACACCACGUAACCUAGACUAUACUUCAGAACAAGGACCAGCUUCUUUAUGUUUGUACAGCAUCUAGCACAAUGGGGCAGAGGAUCUAGGUGCUGCCACUGCACAAUAUGUAAUUAAACAAUAAUCCAAAGACCCCUGCCAAGUCAGUGCCCCAUUGUAGCAGGCCUUACAGAAUACAUAUAUUUAUAUAUAAUCAAAUACAGUCCUUGCUCCAAAGGGAUUAGAAUCUUAGUUUAAAAUGAGCCAUAAAAGAUUCAGGGAGAACUGGAUAACAGCAGUCUGAGCAUGUGCUUACAUGACUGUGGGUACCGUUUGUAGGUGUAGUUUUUUGUUGCUGUUUGUAUGAAUAAGCAGAUCAGAGGUAGCCACCUAGGCUCACCACUUGUAGGGGCGCUUUUGACAUGUUUUGUAAAUUAGUCUUCCAUACUUGUUUAAUGAUUACCCUUCCUACUCAUUAACUUCAAGUGCAAAUUUAUAACAUUGCUAUAAGCUAUUAUUAAAGUAAAUAGUAUUAUUAAUUAUUACGGGGUAGGCUCAGAGGAGAGUGUGAGUAUAUUGUCACACUGAAUUACCCUUUCUGUAAAUAUACUGUAUAAUUAACAUUCACAGCAGUUGUAAAUUCUAAACAGAACUUUUCAUUUACAUUUAUGUAUUCCAAUUAAUUGAACAAGCUUUGAGAAAUUAAUUAUGAAGUAUUCUAUUAGAACAGUGCUGCUUCAGCACCGGGAGGUAACCUUCCAGUCUCUGAGGUGAGUGUAUAGAUCUUUACAUGUAUCUCACGGUCAGAGUGGCAGCACUGUAACAGGCACCGGUCCUUUGUGGACUGAGCAGAGACACACACUGACAUAUUCACCACAAAUUACAACAAUUAACAUGCUAGAAAGGGUUCCUCUUUCCCAGACAGUUUCUAUUUUGCUCAGUGCAUCUUUUUUCCUUUUAUUUUUUUCUUCUUAUAUUUAUCUCUUGAUGUCUUUUUGUAUGGUGAAAUUCACAAAUGCCUCAUAUGGACCCUGUAGAUGGAAUAAGAAAGCUCCAUACGGGUUUGGAGCACAGACUCUACCCUGUGGCGAUGCUGUGCAGCCCUUAAGCAGCCUUUUUCUUUUUCUGCAGCAGUUCUCAGACAGGGUCUACAUAUGGAGUUAUUUGCUCUCCCCCACAUCAGUCCCCUCUAACAUGGCACAGAGCCAGCAUGGAGCCUAUUUUUUGAGGUUCUUUUAAGGGUCCACCAAGCCACACCCCGUAUCAUAUGACCAUUCCACUAGAAGUCCCCAUUUCCAAGCAAAGAAGCAUUAUCUAUAUAGCAACAAAGUCAGUAUUCCUAGAUUCUGUGCUGUCCUCAUUCCACUUUCUGGAUCAGUUGCUGUUGAGUACUGCAGUGAGAGAGAUGAACUGUAUUUACUUAUCCUGAGGCUGCAUCCGUUAGCAUCAUGUGUGCCCUGAUUUUGUCCUUCAACUCUCAUAAUCCUUGUGAAAUUGGAUCCCUUGCGUGACAGCGUAACCGUACAUUGCAUUGAUGGGCAUGCUCAAUUCUAUAUGUGACAGGGAAAAUAAUGUUUUGCUUUGCUGGAAGGUACACAUGCCUCCAAAGAAUCUUGGCAACCCAAGUGUAAUACCGUGUAACUGACUUGUUUUACUUUCCAUUUCCACCAGUGUUCAAAGAAUGCAUAAUUUAGGCAUUUAUUUGAAGUAUUUAAUUUAAGAAUUAUUUUAACCAUUUGUCUCAAAUGUGCUCAGGGUGUUAUAAAUUAUAUAGUACUGCAUGCUUUUGUAAGGCUAAAGGUUUUACUUGUUUGCUUUCCUUUUAAUAUGCAAUAUACAUUUCUUGGUGCUGCUUGAAAACAUGACUAUGUGUUUCCUAAUGCCACUCUGAGAAGAAUAGGGAGUCAGCCUUUAAAGUGAUCUCUCUGAUCUUUAAGUACAAAAUACUUAAUUUACAGUAGCUUCACAUGUUUACAGAUAUUUUGCUGGAUCUAUUUGUGGGUGUUCUCUCUCUAUAAUCCACUCAAAAUAGAUCCCGAAAGAAUUUUACCAGCUGGAUCUAUCAAGGACAAUGUGGCUGAAAUAGCUGUAGUCCACUUUUACAAAUGUGACAUCAUAUCUCCAGGGCAACCUGUAUUCUGGCAAUUAUGGAAACAAGGACACUGCAUGGAUUUCCGUUUGAUUCUUGCAACAUAAAAGAGAUCUGAGAUAAAAUCAAUAUGAACUGGGUUAAGCUAUUAGGAUUCAUUUUCACAAUUAAUUCUACCUUAGGGAGCAUUUUCUAUAUUCUAUUGCAAAUGUAAUUCAGAGCUAGUAAAUGUUGAAUGAGAUCAUAGAGACGACACUGCUAGGAAAACAUUUAGCAUGGGACUGAAUG